AUGGCACCCGCCUUCGCGUCAAGCUUGAAAGACCCCAGUCUCUUUGUCGAAAAAUCAUACAUCGACGGCCAAUGGGUCGCAUCCCAAUCAAACAAGACCUUCAACGUUUAUAACCCCGCUACCGAUGAGAUUAUCGGAACAUGUCCUGAAUCCAACACAGACGACAUCAAUGCCGCCAUCACGGCCGCUGCCAAAGCAUUCCCCUUGUGGCGGUCCCAAUCAGGUCGGCAGCGCGGGCGCAUUCUGCGUCGCUUGUUCGAUCUGAUUGUCGAGAACAAAGAGGAUAUCGGCAGAAUCAUCACAGCAGAAAACGGCAAGGCCAAAGGGGAUGCUGAAGGAGAGGCACUUUUCUCCGCUGGAUUCGUCGAAUGGUUCUCCGAGGAAGCCCCCCGUAUCUAUGGCGAUGUCAUUCCCCACAGCAGUCCCUCGAGUCGUAUACAGGUUCUCAAGGAGCCAGUCGGUGUAUGUGGUUUGAUCACUCCAUGGAACUUCCCUAUGGCCAUGGGGGCACGCAAAGUGGCCGCUGCCCUGGCUGCAGGAUGCACAGUUGUGCUCAAGUCCGAUGGUCUGACACCUUUUUCUUCUAAUGUCUUUGCUGUACUUGCCGAGCGCGCGGGCGUGCCUAAAGGUGUCUUCAACGUUGUCACGGCUCUUGAAAACACCCCCACUUUGGGCCUGACGCUAUGCCAGUCGGACAUUGUGAAGAAGAUCUCUUUCACCGGAUCGACGCGGGUCGGCAAGCUCCUCAUGCAACAGUCGAGCAGCACCCUGAAGAAGCUCAGUCUUGAACUUGGUGGAAAUGCUCCUUUCAUUGUCUUCGACGACGCCGAUAUUGAGACCGCUGUUACUAGUGCCAUGAUAAGCAAGUUCAAGGUGACUGGCCAGACCUGCGUGUGCGCGAACCGUUUCUUCGUCCAAGAAGGAAUCUAUGAUCGGUUCAGUCAGCGCCUCGUCGAGGAGGUGAAGAAGUGCCAGGUCGGCAACGGCCAGGAUGCUGCCGUGACACACGGUCCCCUGACUAAUGGUGUGUCAAAGACACAGGAACACAUUCAAGAUGCAGUUAGUAAGGGUGCAAAUGUGCUUCUCGGUGGAAAGGCGUUGUCUUCCGUUGGAAAGAACUUCCACGAGCUCACUGUUCUCGGCAAUGUCAACGACUCUAUGAAGGUCUCUACUGAGGAAAUUUUUGGACCGGUUGCAGCGCUCGCCAAGUUCUCAACAGAAGAUGAAGUGGUUCGCCGUGCGAAUAAGUGUGAGGUUGGUCUGGCAUCGUAUCUGAUCACAAGCGACUUGGGUAAGGCGCACCGUGUGUCUGAGCAACUGGAGUUUGGUAUGGUUGCCAUCAACACGGGAGUGAUUUCUGAUUGGGCUGCUCCGUUUGGUGGUGUCAAGCACUCCGGUACGGGCCGGGAGGGUAGCAAGUACGGCAUUGACGACUACAUCAACAUCAAAGCGGUCGUGACUGGUGGAAUUAACACUGUGCACUCCGCAAAUCUGUAAAUAACAUGGGUGGUCUGUCGCAGUAUUGACGUGUUGAUAGAGCGAGAUGAUGUUUGCACAUUCGAAAGGACUGGAAAGGGCAAAUGAUAGAUGACUGAAUGACAGAAUGCGAUCGAUUUGACCUCAGCGGAAAGGUAACCGAUCAACGUUAAUUGAUACGUUUGGGAUAGAAAGGCAAAUUCUGGCAUUUAAAUGUUUUGAGUAAUGUUUCUAUUGUUGGC